GCUGGUCAUGGCGGCCAUGGGGCUUGGCCGAUUCACGCACUGGCUGUGGCCGGGCACGGCGGCGCGGGUGGCCAGCCACGAGCUCCCCGCCACGACCUUGACGAGCGCCUCCUUACCGGACUUCCCCUCCGGCUUCCGGGAGCCGGACGCCGUCACCUUCUCGAGCGCCGAAGCAGGCGGCCGCCGCGGGCGGCAGCGGAGGGCCAGGAGCCAGCGCCGCGGCCGCGGGGAGUGCAGGGUCGACAAGGAGUACGACAUGGUCAUCGUGCCAUCCGACGCUGGCGGCUGCCUGUCCGGGUCGGAGUCCGACGACUCGGACUGGUCCAUCGGCUGGCUCGAGCCGCAGGCGCCGGAGAUGCAGACGGACGGUGACCCCGAGACCGGCUUCGCCGUCCUCGUUCCCAGCUACCGCCGCGGCCACGCCGAGCAGCCCAGGGCGCCCGAGGGUCGCUUCCUGGGCGCUGGCGCUCUCGCCGACGGACGCCUCUCUGGUGAGCACUGCUUCAGUUCUUUGUGUUUACGUUUGCUCAGAAAGUCAGAAUUGGGAAGAAAUCAUUGCCACGUUUGCUUUGAUUAUCAAACUAUUAUUAUGUCCCCGCGGUGUUGAAUUUAAUAGGAAAUCACUUGCUGUUGUAGAUAGUACAGUACUCGUACCAACAGUUCACGUUAUAAACUCAAUUUUUGGCAAAGUCUGAAUAUCUUUCAGUUAUUGGUCGUCUGUUAUUGAUUUGGCAAUAAAUUCAGUUUGUUAAGUUAAAUACUCCAAAUUUCAUGAUAAGAUCCAAAUUUCAUGUCUUUUGCUGUUGUAGUACUAGCAUUUAUGGGGCACAUCGACUACUGGUCAUAUGCCAUUUUCAUGUUUGGUGCUGUUGAUUGCUGGGUUACGUUGCCUUUUCUAUGCUUUGAGCUUGAAAAUCCAAAUUUCAUGUCUUUUGCUGUUGUAGUACUAGCAUGUAUUUUUAUUAUUAAGUGAAUGCUGACAUCAGAAAGGAUGAUGCUGCCGCCAAGACAUGUGGUCAGAGGACCACAACAAGUUGUCCGCACCCUGCUCGCCAUUGUCCUCCGCCUCUGGGGCGUUCUGAGUUAGCUUGAGAUGGAUAAAUCCAUGGCAAAGCCAUCCCAGCACCACAAGCAGAAUCACAAGAGGUAAAGAAUCUUCUCAACAGGUGAUGAAAUAAAUUUAUAGACUAAUCAGUUGGGGCUCUAUGACAUACUUUGAAUUUGGAUUGCUUUCGAACAAACAAGCAAUUUAUUGCAUAUUUCUGAAUUCAGAGUGUAUCUGAACCCGCAAGCAAUAUGUCCAUGCUUUUGAACCAGCAAGAUGUUAUUAGUGUUGCUUUUGGACCUGAGGCUUGCUCUGUAAUCUGUAGGAAUAAGGCAUUGCCAAAUUUAGCACCGCUUUUACUGUAGAGUUUUUCUUAACCUGGCUACCAAGUUUCAGUGUGUUUCUGUAAGUAACAAUUAACAGUAGUAGUACCACUGUGUAAGUCACCAUAUUCUGUUGUAGGAUUAGUGAUCUUAGACCGUCAUUUUAUCCAUGCAUCGGAUCUUGGCUUUAAGCGGUUUCGGUCACAGAGUACUCGAAGCCAAGAUCCGAUGCGGAUAUUUGUGGUGGCCUGAAGAUCCCCGUUGCAAGAAAAACCACAUCCUGUGGAAGUAAAGAACCCGAUCAAAUCAUUGUUUCAAUUCUUUUAGUAGCCUUUCAUAGUUUUAAGAAAAUCUUCCAGUUGGAAAAGAAAAUGUUAAGUAAAUGAACCGGGACAGUUUUCUAUAGCAAAUAAUAUGGGACCAAGUGCCAGAUUUUACAGUACAAGUCAACCAAUUUAAUAAGUAUGCAGCUCCAAACUUCAUAACUGUUGCUUUUGUAUCUUCUGUCAUUCUUCAUUGUGCAUGCCAGAUAUUCUCUUUUGUUAUUUUUAUCAGACGGUUCUGUUGUAUUGUGCAUGCCAGAUUAUUUGUUAUGUAUACCCGAGGUGAUGAAAAAAAAAUCAAGUAGGAUGCAUGGGAAAUGAAUUUAUUUGAGUGCUUUGUUGUCUACAUACUAAUUCGUUUAUUUCUGAAAUUUAGCUUUGUUUUGUGACCUGUCCGUGCAUGGUAUCAUCGAUAUUAAUGAGUAAACUCCAGGGAAAAUAUGUUUGUGUUGGAUUGUUUUGGAGCUCAUGUUCCUGUUAAUUUUCUGAACAUUCAGACUUUUGUCCGAUGUUAUAUCUGAAUGUGUUUAUUUCAUAAGGUCUUGCUAUUUUCUGAAAUCAUUUGUCAGAUUUGAAGUCAGUGGUCUAAUUUGAUAUAUCUUUAUUGAAGAGAGACAAGUAAACGGGACCAAGUAAAGUUAUUUAACAUACUCUGCUUAAUUUAGGUUCUAUUCCAGAUAUGCAUUAGUUCAGCAAAGUUGAUGGCCUAUUCCGUGUAUGUGGUGUUCUUACCCUGUUUAGGACAUUGCGUGUUGUCAAUGAAGCGAUUGUAUCCGUUGAUGGAUAUGAGAGGCAGUUAGGAAAGCAGCACAAAAUCUAAAUUUGAAAAAGGAGACAGCCAUGACCAUCUUCUGUAAAGCAGUAUGCCUCUUCCCUAAAAAAAAGUCUGCAAGCUUAAAUAUUUAUUUUUUGCUGCUACUGCAGUUGUUCUACUACUUCCUACAAAAAGUCACAGAAUCCAGAGAAAGAAAGUUACGUGCCGUACAUCUAUACCAGUUUAACUUUUUUCUUUCCAAAUGAGGUUUUUCUUUUGUACUCCAUUUUCUGAAUGAUAUUGUAGUUCUUUACGUGUUUCCUGUCUUUUC